AUGACAGCAAAUUGUAUUAAAGAGGCGGCGAGAGAGGUGUUAGGGGUCUCAAAGGAUUUUUCUGGUGGCCAUAAAAGGGACAAGUGGUGGAACAAAGAGGUGCAAGGAAAAGUGAAAUCCAAGAAAGCGACAUAUUUGAAGCUAGUAGAGAGUAUAGACGAGGGUCAGAAGAGUGCUAACAGGGAGGGGUACAAGAAGGUUAGGAAGGAGGCGAAGUUGGCGGUUACUGCAGCUAAGACCGUAGAGUUUAGUCGUUUAUACGAAGAAAUUGGGGAUAAAGGCUGGGACAAGAAGUUGUACAGGCUAGCAAAGGUGAGGGAGCGGAAGGCCCGGGAUCUGGACCAAGUGAGAUGCAUAGAAGACGAGGAGGGAAGAGUUUUAUUGGAGAGGGCACAAAUUAGGCAGAGAUGGCAGUUUUACUUCCAUAAACUCUUGAAUGAAGAGAGAGAUAAGGGCAUUGUGUUGGGGGAGUUGGAGUACUCAGAGCGGCAGCAAGAUUUUGGGUACUCUAGACGCAUACGAGUGGGGGAGGUUGUAGGGGCUAUGCGCAGGAUGAGUAGGGGUAGAGCGACUGGGCCGGACGAGAUCCCGGUGGAAUUCUGGAAGAGCGCGGGUAAGGAGGGCGUGGAAUGGCUUGCUAGACUGUUUAACAUCAUUUUUAGGACGAAGAAGAUGCUCGAAGAGUGGAGGCAGAGUAUGAUGAUCCCGUUGUACAAGAACAAGGGGAAUGUCCAAAACUGCAACAACUAUAGGGGUAUCGAGUUGUUAAGCCAUAUGAUGAAAGUGUGGGAGAGGGUAAUUGAAGGGAGGUUGAUGAGGUGUGUGUCCAUUUCCGAGAACCAGUUUGGUUUCAUGCUGGGACGGUCGACUACUGAGGCCAUUCACAUUGUGAGGAGAUUGGUAGAGCAGUAUAGGGCGGUGAAGAAUGAUUUGCAUAUGGUGUUCAUUGACCUGGAGAAAGCCUACGACAAAGUCCUGAGAGAGGUUUUAUGGAGAUGUUUGGAAGCUAGAGGAGUGCAUGUAGUGUAUAUUAUAGUGAUUCAGGACAUGUAUGAUGGGGCUAAGACACGGGUUAGGACAACAGGAGGAGACUCUGACUACUUUCCGGUUGAGAUGGGGUUGCAUCAGGGAUCAUCGCUUAGCCCGUUUUUGUUUUCCCUGGCGAUGGAUUCUUCGACGCGUCACAUUCAAGGGGAGGUGCCUUGGUGCUUGUUAUUUGCGGAUGACAUAGUCCUGAUUGAUGAGACGCGAGGUGGCGUUAACGAGAGGCUGGAGGUAGGAGUGACCCCUGUGGAGGCAAAGAUGCGUGAGGCAAUGUUGAGAUGGUUCGGGCAUGUUAAGAGGAGAAGCACAGAUGCUCCAGUCAGGCGAUGUGAGAGGAGGGGUAGAGGGCUUCCUUCACCGUCUUUAGCCGAGGGUCUAUCGGAAACAGUCUCCCUGCCCCUCCAGGGUAGGGGUAAGGCUGCAUACAUCCUACCCUCCCCAGAACCCACUUGCGGGAUUAUACUAGGUGGUGGUUAUUGCUUAAAUACUUCAAUUAUUUCAUACUUACUAUUAGGCAAAUAA